AUGGCGCUUCAGAAGUGCCUGGUGGGGGAGCAGUUCACGGGCUAUUUGCACGUCACCAACACCAGCGGCCAUGUGGUUGACAAUGUUGGUUUGCGUGUGGAGAUUGAUAUAGGAACUUCCAAGUACACCUUGCUGAACACAGCUUCAGCCAGUAAGAACCUGCCAGCAGGUGAUUCUGUGGAUGCGUUGGUGGAACACCCACUGAGCACUGCGGGGACGUAUGCGCUGACGUGCAUCGUAUUCUACAGCUGCAACGGGGAGCAGGGUCAAUUCCGCCGCGCCUAUCGCUUUCCUGCACUGGCACCCUUCGCGGUGUCGCAGCGCGUCGUUCAGAUGGAUCGACAGCUGCUGGUGGAGUGUUUGGUGGAGAAUUCCACGGAGGGCAGCAUUUUUCUGUCCUCUUGGGGACUGGACUGUGCUGAGGGUCUGCAGAGCGAGUUGCUCACUGAAAUGGAUCCCAUCAUAGGUAGUUCAGGGCCGCUGCUGAAACAGCGCGGGUGCUUCUCGCUGGUCUUUCGAGUGACCCCACAGGAUGAGUCAGUUGACUCGGCCGCGCUGCGAGAGCGGGAGGCCGUGGGAGUGCUGAGCCUCUGCUGGCAGGUGCCCGAUGGUCCACGCGGAUGCAUGGAAGGGCACCAGAUUCAGGUGAAGGCUAUGGCUGUCUUCGACCUGGACCUUCAGGUGGUGCAAUGCCCCGCCCAGGUGAAAGUGGAGGAGCCCUUCAGCUUAGAGCUGCAGGUGACGAAUCGGACUGGGGAGCUGCUGCAGCCCAAAGUUGGCUUCGACCUGCGCAUGAUGGGCGCGGUGAAACUCCAGGGGCCGUGCCAACGGCCCCUGCAGCUGCAACCGGGGCAAAGGAAACGGCUGCCGAUCGAACUGGUCAUCACCGUCCCUGGCCUCCAUACCCUGCAGGGUGUGUCUAUUGCUUGUGACAAGGUGGGACCUGAACGUUUGGACUUCGGAGUGCUCUGCGAUUUGCUCGCCUUCUGA